UUAAUGGACAGCUAGAAUUGGCUCAGUUUCAGUUCAAGAAGAGCUGAGCGUUCGGAUGUACGCGGCGCCUAGCGCACACGCGGACUGCUCUUAAUAUAUAAGGAGGGAACUUGCGACACCGUUAACACAUUCAGACUACAACCUGUACAGGAAGUCACUUGUUUCCGUUGUCAUCUUUGCAAUCCACGAAGAUGCUCCUCGCUUUGGUAUGCGGUGCUUCGCUGCUUCUGCAAGUGAUAGCAGCCGGUCCAUUCGUCAACAACCAGAACAAAGUUCAAGUCGUUCGAUAUGACUUAGAUACAGACAAUUUACCGAAUUCAUAUAAAUUUCAUUACGACGCCAGUGACGGCUCAUCUCGCACUGAGGAGGGGGGCAUCCAGAACCUCGGGACGAACGACGCUGCCCUCGACGUCCACGGUGCUGUACGCUGGUACAACAGCAAAGGUCAACUCUACGAGAUGAUCUACAAAGCUGGCAAAAGAGGCUACAGAACAAUCAUCAAGAAAGUUUCAUAAGACAAACGAUUGAACAUAUUGAGAUUGAAUGAGAUUUCGAAAGACUGUAUAGUAAUUUAUUGUUUUAGUCUGUUUAUUUAAACGCUAUCAAAAAAAAUUAUAUUGGUAACCUUUUAAUGACAAUGACAUUGUAAAAUUCAAAUGAGAUCUUAUUUUUAGAAUAGCAUAAGCUAAUCAUGUUUAAAUAAUCUAUAUAUUAAUACGUGAAGCGAAAACUUUGUAUUCCUUUUUACGAAAAUUGCGCGGACGGAGGAGUAUGAAAUUUUCAACACUUAUAGAGAUUAUAGAGAAGAAGUGCACAAUGCUAAUAUUUUUUUAAAAUAAUGCAUAAAAGAUACAUUAAAUCAAUAAAGAAAACAUUACACACACUACCAUGUAUUUGACACACACACGUAUGCAUACUAUUUGUUUUUUGUCAAACUUUUCUUUGCAGUCUGUCAGUUAUAGUCUGUCAAAUUGAAAAUAGAUUAAAUUUUGUUUUCUUUUUAUUAAUAUUUGUCUAAAGUAUAGUCUUGACGAAAUCUGUGAUUAAAGAAGUAUAAUAGUCCUUGACAAUAGAAUCAUAACAGUGUACAAACUUAUAAUUUCCAUUAGUUAUAGUCGAAUUUCGACUACCAGAGGUCCACUAGUAUGCAUAAAGAAGUGUGGGCGCGCGAUUGAAGCAUCAGGCUAAGGAUAAGACGUCCGGUGCAUCGUGUGUAGCGAUGCACCGGUGUUCGAAUCCCGCAGGCGGGUACCAAUUUUUCUAAUGAAAUACGUACUCAACAAAUGUUCACGAUUGACUUCCACGGUGAAGGAAUAACAUCGUGUAAUAAAAAUCAAACCCGCAAAAUUAUAAUUUGCGUAAUCACUGGUGGUAGGACCUCUUGGGAGUCCGCACGGGUAGGUACCACCACCCCGCCUUUUUCCGCCGUGAAGCAGUAAUGCGUUUCGGUUCGAAGGGUGAGGUAGCCGUUGUCACUAUACUGAGACCUUAGAACUUAUAUCUCAAGGUGGGUGGCGCAUUUACGUUGUAGAUGUCUAUGGGCUCCAGUAACCACUUAACACCAGGUAGGCUGUGAGCUCGUCCACCCAUCUAAGCAAUAAAAAAAAAAAAAAAAAAAAAAAUCAGGCCUCUCUCUUGCACGCCCGCAUUUUGAUGGCGACUACGUCACAAGUCACAAUGUGUGUCCUUUUUUGUCAAUCUUGGAUUUCACAGGUUUCUAACUAAUUACUAUACCGAUAUAUAAUUUUCUUCUUGUUUUAGAUUACAAAUAACACUAUUUAAUUAUAAAAUAGUCAUUGGUCAAUAUCAGCAUUGGUCUCAAGUCGAUAAUAAUGAUACAAAUUUUGAAUGUAAAAAGUGUUUUUGUAAAUGUUAAUAUGAUUUGGUAUGCGAAGAUAUGAGACUUGUUUUAAAAUAUUGCAUUUACGUAAUGACCUUGUUCACUGAGAUUAUAAACUAAUUUGUAAUUUAAUAUUUAGUGAAUAAUAAAAAUCAAUCUCGUAAACAUCGAGGACGUGUGAGAAAAUUUAUGUGUUGUAAAUAAAUUUAAAUCUAACCAA